GGCGGGGCCCGGCGGCAGCGGCGGCGGCGGCGGCGGGGGCGCGGAACUCGAGGCCCGGGCUGCGGCCUGCGGGCAACGGGCGGCGGCGGCGGCGGCCUGACGGGACGGGACGGGCCGGGCCGGGCCCCGCCGCCCCCGCCGCCGGCCUUUGUCUCCUCGGGGCUCGGCGGGGGCGGUUAGAAUGGAACUGACGGAAGGCCCUGUGAGAAGAAGGGAGAGCUGAGGAUGCCGGAGCAGAACAAUGGAUUUCUCGUUCUCUUUCAUGCAAGGGAUCAUGGGAAACACAAUCCAGCAGCCACCUCAGCUCAUCGACUCCGCCAACGUCCGCCAGGAGGACGCCUUUGAUGCCGGCAGCGACGCCGCGGAAGACGCCGGCCCCGCGCCGUACGACAGCGCCCUGCAGCCGGGCUUCCAGUACCCCGCGCCCGAGGAGCUCCCGCCCCUCACCAACGGCUUCCCCCCCGCCGGCGGCGGCUACGAGCCCCCCGCCAAGUACCAGGCGUACGGCCAGUACCCCAAUGGCUCGGCCAACGGCUUCGGCGCCGUCAGGAACUUUGGCCCUGCAGAGUACUACCAAAUGGAGAACUGCAGCGCGCGGCCGCACGAAGUCCUGGACAAAGCUCCCCCUCCCCAGCCGCAUCCUCCUCCUCCGCCACCGCCGCCUUCAGGUGCACAAACGGGGAUCCCAAAGAAGACUGGCUCGCCAGAGAUCAAACUGAAAAUAACCAAAACUAUCCAGAACGGCAGGGAAUUGUUCGAGUCCUCCCUUUGCGGGGACCUUUUAAAUGAAGUACAAGCGAGCGAGUACGCCAAGGCGAAACACGAGGGGAGGAAAGAGAAAAGGAAAAAAAGUAGCAAGCACGACUCUUCCCGCUCGGAAGAGCGCAAGUCGCACAAAAUUCCCAAACUAGAACCAGAGGAGCAAAAUAGACCAAAUGAGAGGCUUAGCAUGCUAGCAGACAGACCAAGAGAAGAUGCACUGUUGGAGGAAGCCCCGGUCCAGCAGUUCUUGCCUUCUCUUCCAACGCAAGGCGCCCAUGACGUCAAGUUUCAGGUUGGCGAUCUGGUUUGGUCCAAGGUGGGGACGUACCCAUGGUGGCCUUGCAUGGUUUCAUGUGACCCCCAGCUUGAUGUUCAUACCAAAAUUAACACAAGAGGUGCCCGUGAAUACCAUGUUCAGUUUUUUAGCAACCAGCCGGAGCGGGCGUGGGUGCACGAGAAGAGGGUUCGAGAGUACAAAGGACACAAACAGUACGAGCAGUUAUUGGCAGAGGCUGCUAAGCAAGCCAGCAACCACUCUGAGAAGCAGAAGAUCCGCAAACCAAGGCCGCAAAGAGAGCGAGCUCAGUGGGAUAUUGGCAUUGCCCAUGCUGAGAAAGCGUUGAAAAUGACUCGGGAAGAAAGGAUAGAACAAUACACCUUCAUUUAUAUAGACAAAGAGCCAGAGGAGGUUUUGUCAAAAGGCAAAAAGACUGCUGCUUCUAAGUCAGAGACCAAGAAGAAUCGACGUCCAAAGCCAGCACUGAACGCCCAGGCAGAGCACGCCAACGUGGUCGCAGCGUCGCCUUCCAGUGCGGAGUUGCGAAGACAAAGCCAACGGAGGCAGUCGAGCGUGGAAGAGGAGGAGCCACCUCCUGUGAAAAUCGCAUGGAAAACUGCUGCAGCUAGAAAAUCCUUACCAGCCUCAAUAACCAUGCACAACCUGGAUCUUCAGAAAUGUAACAUGUCUCCAGUUGUUAAAAUUGAACAGGUUUUUGCUCUUCAGAAUGCUGCUGGGGACGGGAAGCUCAUCGAUCAAUUUGUUUAUUCUACUAAGGGAGUUGGUAACAAAACAGAAAUAAGCGUGAAAGGACAAGAAAAACUUAAUUCAUCAAAUCAGAGAAAUGAAAAAGCAACAGUGCAAAAUGCGUCCUCUCCUGAAACAACUCCUGGGUCAACAGGUUCUUUAGAAAAGAAGCAACAGAGAAGAUCGAUUCGAACCCGCUCAGAGUCUGAGAAAUCCACCGAAGUUGUGCCAAAGAAGAAGAUCAAAAAGGAGCAGGUUGAAAUGGUUCCACUGACAGCAGUGAAGACAGGACUGCAGAAAGGUGCCAGCGAGAUUUCAGAUUCUUGUAAACCAUUAAAGAAGAGGAGUCGUGCCUCAACUGAUGUAGAACUGACUAGCUCAGCUUACAGAGAUACAUCUGACUCUGACUCAAGAGGACUUAAUGAUUUACAGGGUAGUUUUGGAAAACGCUCAGACAGCCCAUCAGCGACUGCCGAUGCUGAUGCUUCUGAUGUGCAGUCGGUAGACUCUAGCUUAUCCAGGAGAGGAACUGGAACAAAUAAAAAAGACACUGUUUGUCAGAUCUGUGAAAGCUCUGGCGAGUCUCUGGUGUCCUGCGAGGGCGAGUGCUGCAGCGUCUUUCACAUGGAGUGUCUGGGCCUGAAGGCGAUGCCAGAGGAGAAGUUUUUCUGCACGGAGUGUAAGAAUGGAGAACAUACGUGCUUCUCGUGCAAGCUUCCUGGCAAAGACGUGAAGCGCUGUUCUGUCAACACGUGUGGUAAAUUUUACCACGAGGCCUGUGUUCGCAAGUUUGCCACUGCUCUCUUUGAGUCGCGAGGAUUUCGUUGCCCGCAGCACUGCUGUACGGCCUGCUCAGUGGAUAAGGAUAUCCAUAAAGCAAGCAAAGGUCGCAUGGUGAGAUGUUUCAGAUGUCCCAUUGCCUAUCACUCAGGAGAUGGCUGUAUUGCUGCAGGAAGCUUGUUUGUGUCAUCCCACAUUCUCAUCUGUAGUAACCAUUCCAAAAGGAAUCACUCCUCAUCAGCUGUAAAUGUAGGCUUUUGUUUCGUUUGUGCAAGAGGGCUGGUAGUGCAGGAUCAUUCAGACCCCCUGUUCAGUUCAUAUGCCUAUAAGUCCCACUACCUACUGAAUGAAUCAAAUCGUGCUGAGUUGAUGAAAUUACCUAUGAUUCCUCCUCCUUCGUCAGCUUCCAAAAAGAAAUGUGAGAAAGGUGGAAAACUGCUGUGCUGUGAGUCGUGCCCAGCUUCCUUUCACCCUGAGUGUCUCAACAUAGAAAUGCCCGAAGGAUGCUGGAAUUGCAAUGACUGUAAAGCUGGCAAGAAGCUACGUUACAAGCAGAUUGUUUGGGUCAAGCUUGGAAAUUACAGGUGGUGGCCAGCAGAGAUCUGCAAUCCCAGGUCUGUGCCUCUCAACAUACAGGGCCUCAAACAUGAUAUCGGGGACUUCCCAGUAUUUUUCUUUGGUUCACAUGACUACUAUUGGGUACACCAGGGCAGAGUUUUCCCUUAUGUUGAAGGAGAUAAAAGCUUUGCUGAGGGGCAAACUAGUAUUAACAAGACCUUCAAGAAAGCACUUGAAGAAGCAGCAAAGCGCUUCCAGGAGCUGAAAGCACAAAGAGAGAGUAAAGAAGCAUUAGAAAUUGAAAGGAAUUCAAGGAAACCUCCACCUUAUAAACACAUUAAAUCCAACAAGGUGAUAGGGAAGGUUCAGAUUCAGGUAGCUGAUCUGUCAGAAAUCCCUCGCUGUAACUGCAAGCCGUCUGAUGAGAACCCCUGUGGCCUGGAGUCCGAGUGUCUGAACAGGAUGCUCCAGUAUGAGUGUCAUCCCCAGGUGUGCCCAGCGGGGGAGCGGUGUCAGAACCAGUGCUUCACCAAAAGGCUCUACCCUGAUGCUGAAAUCAUAAAAACGGAUCGACGUGGAUGGGGUCUCAGGACAAAACGGAACAUUAAAAAGGGUGAAUUUGUGAACGAAUAUGUUGGUGAGCUAAUUGACGAAGAAGAGUGCAGAUUGCGGAUUAAACGUGCUCAUGAAAACAGCGUGACCAAUUUUUAUAUGUUAACUGUUACAAAGGAUCGGAUAAUAGACGCUGGUCCGAAGGGGAAUUACUCUCGCUUUAUGAACCAUAGUUGUAAUCCAAACUGUGAAACACAGAAAUGGACAGUGAAUGGUGACAUUAGAGUUGGACUGUUUGCUCUUUGUGAUAUCCCUGCAGGAAUGGAGUUAACAUUUAAUUAUAAUUUGGAUUGCCUUGGCAAUGGUCGGACUGAAUGUCAUUGUGGAGCAGAAAACUGCAGUGGUUUCCUAGGAGUGCGUCCAAAGACAGCAUUUGCAACAGCAAAUGAAGAGAAGGUGAAGAAUGCAAAAUUAAAGCAGAAGAAACGGAAAAUAAAAACAGAACAGAAGCAGAUGCAUGAAGACAACUGCUUCCAGUGUGGAGAUGGGGGAGAACUAGUUAUGUGUGAUAAAAAGGACUGUCCCAAAGCAUACCACCUCCUAUGCCUUAACCUGACUCAACCACCUUUUGGAAAGUGGGAAUGUCCGUGGCAUCAGUGUGACAUCUGUAGCAAUCCUGCAGUUUCAUUCUGUGAGUUUUGCCCUCAUUCAUUCUGUAAAGAUCACGAGAAGGGAGCCUUGGUGGCAUCAGCUUUGGAUGGCCGUCUCUGCUGCUCCACACAUGACCCCAAAUCUCCUGUGGCACCUGAGUACUGGAACAAGAUAAAAUGCAAAUUGGAACUUCAGAAUCCUGUAGAAGAAGCAAAGGAAUAAAUUGGGUUGGAAAACAAGGGAGAGAAGACGGGCAAACAGGCGAUGAACUUGAAGAGACUGCUACCACGCAUUCAGUCUUUAUCAUCGGAGCCGUCUUGUGUGACCUGCGAAUGGGACCAUUCAAUCUCAACAACAGGAGCAGGCAGUGGCAUUUGUUUUUUUUAUUGUUUGGUCUUUCUUUUACCCUUGAAUGUGCUACAGCAGCUCUUACUGUUGGAAAGCAGAAACGUCUCGGCCUUCUAAAGAAAACAGUAGACCUUUCGACAGUGAAAAGAAUCUUCUGUUUAAAUAUGUUCUUUGAGUGUAGAAAGCAAAGCAUAGCAACAUAUUUAUUUAUUUAAUUUUUAAAGGGUGUUGAAGAUCUGGUUUUGAUCAGUCAACGUGUCUUUAAAAACAGCAAAGCCAAUGUAACUUUUAUGUCUAGUUUAUGGAAAGAAUAAACCCUCCUCACUCUGUGUAACAUUCAGAUACCGUAAAGGCAAAUGUGGGUUUCAGACCAGGUGAUGGUGAAAUGCCUCCAUUCCAGUACUUAUUUUUAAAGGCAUUUUGAGAAGGUAGGUUACGUAUCAUGUUAACUUGUGAAUAUUAUUGUAAAGCUUUUCCUAUGAGAAAUCAGGCGGAUGAUUCUUUGGAAGUGCUCGUAGCAUGAGGUCUAAAAUUUUAGGGGAAGAAAUCAUGGUUCCUUGCUGGAGAGCUGUAACUGGAGGUGUCUGCAGACAGGUGGAAUUUCAGAAAGAGCUUAAUUUCACAAUGGUAAUUUCUUUACCCUGCCUAAUUUGGAAAACCGUCCUAGUUAGGGGAGCGUCCUGGCCUUGGUCACGCACUGCAGCACACGCAGAGCUGGAGGCUGGAUCCUGCACUCCCUUUGGCUUCUUUAGGUGGAGGAUUGCUCUGUGAGUACGUGUUGGUCCUCUGCCAAGGCUGCACAAACCUCAUGGCAGUUGUAUUUCUGUGGAUCUCUGCUGCCUUCUUUUCAGACACCCUUUAGCUUUAAAGGAAAUCUGAGCGCUUGAGGAAUCCAGCCCCUACUCACGGGCUUUUUGAUUGAACGUUUAGGGGUUUUAUUUCUGGGGAGAGAGAUCUUCUAGCUUUAAUGUUCAUUGCUAUUGGAGCAGGGCAGGAUGUUAGUUCCCUACAGCACUCCUUCAGUGCGCAGGGUAUUUGCCCUGGCUUGGUAAUGGGAGGUAUUCAGAGCAGCCAGCUUCAGCCUCGGGAGAUGUUUCUGCCUUGUAUUUCUUUUGUUAAUCUGCAGAGGGACGGGCUGCUUCGGUGAAGCUUUUGAAGUGGCUUAGGUAGGCUCCUGCUCCAGAUUUUGUUUUGGAAACCUAUCCUGUCCUGCAAUCCUUGCACAAGGAGCUUAGGGGGAUUAGUGUCCCCAGGCUGAAGUUAGUCUUUGGCCAAUCUCCUCCCCUGGCCUGCGGUCUUAAAGCCCUGGUGUGGGUACAGCAUGCUCCUGGUUUGUGUGCUGAUGCUGGCCAGCUUCAGGGGAGCUUUUUGCUAAUGGGUGUUGAAAAUAACCCUGAAUGAAAAGAAUUAAUAGUAAGUGUUGCUGGUAUCUGGCUACGUUAAGCCUUUGAUUUAAUUCUCAAGAACCCUCUCUCUGGAAGGCUCCUCGUGUAAACCCAAGGAACAUGCUGACUGCUCAGCUCCAGACAGCGGUAGGCUGGAAAAGUUCACGUGGGGUUUUGGAACGUGUCCUGCUUCUGGCUGGUGUCCUCCUCAUUCUCAAAUUUUUGUGCAGGGGAAAAAUUGUGUGCAAUUGCAAAGUCAGGAAAUACACUACAGUCUCUUUAAGCAGCUGCUGUGCCAUUGAGCUGCUCUGGCAGUUCAUCUCCAGCACAGCCUGCAGGUGCCUUUCCUACAGACCUGAGGGUGUCUGGGGGGCAGAACCGUGCAGAUAUUUCUGGGGUCAGUUUAUGGUACAGAAGGCUAAUGGGAGAUACAGAACACUUGGUCUCGUGGUCCAUACUACAGUGAAUGUCUGAAACACUAAUCUUGCUUGAAAGCAGUGCUAUUUUUUGGUAUUUUUUACAAAAGAAAUUUACAAGAAGGAUUUUAUUUUUCUUAACACUUUGUGUGACAAAUGUCUCUUUUUAAGCUCUUACCGGGGGUGUUCAACCUUUCAGAAAUUCCAAACAUAGCUCCUGCUACGAUGUCUGUAGGGCCUGAUGUGUUCACUUUGUUAUUUAUUAGGCUGGGUAAUGUUCAGAGGAUUUUCUCUUGGGAAGUCAGAGCAUCCUGAGUACUGCAGACACGAUGCAGUGUGAGUGUACCCACGUGCUUCUCCAGCCCUGUGUCCGUGCUGACUUCCCAGUGAAGCAGCAGGGAGCGAGCGUUAGCUGCCACGUGCGAGGGCUCGCUGUGCCGAACCGGUAUGCUGAAUAGCACAGAACAUGGGAAGGUUUGCAAAAGGCUUUUAAAAAUUUCUAAAAUGCUGUGAAUUGAGGCCUGCUGCUACUCGUGUGCCAUGCCACUUGAUGUCUUGGUUAACUUUGUUUUCAAACUUCUUACAGGUGCUCCUUUUUCCACCAAAAAAUAAUAGUAGCCAACAGGUGGGCGUGAACUCAGAAGGGAAAAGAGGAGAUUGGUUUAUAAACGUGAACAAUUUAUGAACAGAAAGUCUGAACUGGAUUUCACACUGCUGGGGUUCAGGUGAAUCUUUCAAAAAUCUUUAGGAUUGAGAUGAGAGAAGUCGAAUCUUCUGUUCCGAACUCCGCUGUUCCUUAGCUGGGACACGCAAUCACACUUUUCCCUUCCUUUUGUCUUAAAUUUCGCGGUAGUACCGUGCUUCUGGCGAACACCUGUCUCCAGCUCAGCAGCCUGUGCUCUCUGUGUAGUGUGCAGCCUCCGAGCUGCUCUGCAAAGUUAACGGGACGUUGUUGUUUACUGGAGCUUUUACUCUACAGUACGCACCUUAGCACAGCGCAGAUGCUCUGCAGACCAUGGCCAAACGGUGCAAUGGCGAGUUCCUACAGGUUUAUAAAUACUUGGUGCAAGCGUUAGUUAUCGUAGUUUUCCGAUUAGUAGCGUAGAUUUGUCUUAUCGAUAGACUGUAAGAAUUGAAGGCAUUUGCAGCUCAGGAAGGAUGACGUUAAAGGCAAUUUUUGGGCAAAUUACCUUCUCUGGUCACCACCAUGGUCUUAGAGAAUCUGUUAGAAUGGAGUAAUGGGGCUGGAAUGUUAAUUUUGGCCUUUCUUCUAAGAACUUGUUAUCUUAAUUUCAGGAUUGAAUGGGAAAGACACAAUUACUAGACGUAAUUAACAAUGAGCAUAAAAUCUGUAUAUAUUGAAACUUUACAGAACUAUUCGGGUGGGGUGGGGGAGGAGGGAGGGAGGGGGAUGUCCGACGCUGGUACGAAGUAGUCACUUUAACAUUGAAACCUCUGCCUCAUUGAAUUCAGGGUUUAAUGUACUUGAAGCUCUGCAGUUCCUUAUACAGCUUUUUGUUUUAUUUUCUUUUAAUUUAUACAUGACUUUUUUGUAUACUACAUUGAAACUGUCUUUAACAUUCCCGCAGUUACUUUCUGCUCCCAGUGUACAGUGAAUCUAUGGCAAAAGGGAGAGUUUUUUCCGAGCAGCUGUCUCAGAGCCGUGUGCUCGGGGCGUGUGGUGCAUGAGACACGGCGACCCUUGGGUAACGCUGUCCGUUUGCUUUCAGUUCCACAUCAGCUUCCCCCUGCCAUUAUCUUUGUGUAGCAAAACCAUUUGCACUUACGAUACACUCCUGUGUGUUGGAUGUAUUCACAAUGUUGUUCUGAGAAAAAGAAAAAAAAAGAAAAAAAAAAAUUCCCUGUUCUGUUCUGUUCCUGAGCGGCGAGCUCAGGUCCUUGCUGCCCCCUGAGGGGCUCUCACUGCUCGGGAGCGGGGAAUCGUGAAGCUGGAGACUUUGGGAAUUGAUGGGCAAGCAAAAAAGGGAAAUCACGCACGAAUUCACCAAAGCCAUUCGCCCACCUCCUGCGGUGCUGAGCCCUCGGGGCGCCCCGCAGCGCGCUUUGGGGACUCCUCGGUCACUUUGCUUUGUGAACGGACUGGAUGGGAGAGCUUCACCUUCCUCGCUCGGACUGUCCCUCACUCUGGCGUCGCUUUUCCUUUCCACCCCGAUCACGUUGCCACAGGACGGGUGCCGGGCCCCGAGGCCGGGUGGGCGCCCGGCGCAGACCCCCGCAGGCUCCGUCUCCAUUUCCACGUGCUGUCUGUAACGAUGACCUUUGUAGAGUCGUUAUUUCUGUAGACUUUGUUUAUCUGUACCAAACUUUGUAGAUUCUGUGAGAUGUUAUUUUACCGAAAUCACUCGAGUCUUUACCAGCAGCGCGUCGCCCUGCGGCGGGCGCUGCUCGGAGCUGGCGGCGGCUGGCUCCAUGCUCAACACUAAGGAGGUGUCCGAUUUCCCUGGCCGUGUUCCACGGGGGCAUUACUGUAUUAUGACUUGAUGUUGCCGCAUAGACUUUGAGAUCUACGAUAUUUUGGGGGGUUUUGUUGUUCGGCCUACGUUCUCUUGCAUAGUGUGAAACCUGUAAAGCUUGGGUAACCUGUACAUAGGUAGCUGACUGUCCACUAGCUAUAGUGUACUUAGACUUGCCUGUAAUAUUUUAGCUUCUUACUGAAUGUGUGUGACGGUAGGACCAUAUAAUUUUUGUACAUUCUAUUUACCGAGAUGUUGGCCUUUUUUUUUGUUUGUUUUAUUUUUUUUUUGUUAAUUUUCCGACUCCUUUGGAAUUCCGAUGUGGUUUUUUCGCUUCCGUGGAAGGGUUCAUUUGGAAAGGUUUUUAACGACAUUCCACUGAUCUCGAUGAACUUUUUUGCUUGAGGUUUGACUUCAAUAAAUCGUUCUGAAUGUUCCGAG